AUGAAAAGUGUUUCUUUUUGCUGCUUAGUGUUAUUUCUGAGCUACUCGUUUGGCUCGGAAUUUGAUGUAAAGAUUUUGUGCAAAGACAUAAGAAAUCGCGACUUUUUGGGCCAGGUAGCUUACUGGACUAGCACAUUACAUCCUUACAGACAACAGACGAAUUUUUUUGUAUCUUCAAACAAACAUAGAUAUGCUGAAAAAAUUUACAAAAAUAUGUGGUACAAUCUCAUCAAUAUCGACGAUGGCUCGUUUGAUCCGAAGAAAAAAACAGCUAUCAUCAUUCACGGUUAUAGAUCUGGAGCGCUAAAUAAGUGGACGAUAGAGCUUAAAGAUAAGCUCUUGGAAGCAAAACUGAAAGAUCAUUUCGACAAUGAAGCAAGGCUUGGUGUUUCCAAUCGUGACACAUGGCAGUGGAAUCAUUUGCACUUUAUCGGUCAUAGUCUCGGUGCACAUGUUAGUGCUCAAACGGCUCAUCUUUUAAAAAAUGACACUUUCUGGCAUCUGGAUAGAAUCACUGGAUUAGAUCCGGCUAGGCCAUGUUUUACGCAGGCAAACUCGCCCACCACGCUUGAUAAAGGGGACGCUGCCUAUGUCGACGUGAUACACACGCAAAUCGGACACGAGACUCGUUUUUUGCAAGCUUUAGGAAUAGACAGAGCUUUAGGACACACUGAUUUUUAUGUCAGUACUGGAGUCAAACAGUUACAAUGCCAUGAUGACUAUCCACUUUUCGAAAUGAUUUGCAGUCAUCAAGCCUCUUACGAAUAUUUUAUCGCGACCUUGGAAAUUUUCAAAAAUAGAGAUGAAUGUGGCUUUCCAGCUUAUCCUUGGAAUGGUUCUCCUAAAGAUGCUCUAGAAAUUGUACAAGAAAUCGCAAAAUCAGGAAAUCGUGGAUGCGAAACUUGUCCAAAAAUGGGAAUUGAAGCUGGGCCGAAUUCGCGAAAGGGCGUAUUUUUGGUGAUCAGUAGUUCGAAAAAACCAUAUUGCGAAGUUUCAAACAGAGAGUUGCUGUUCAUUGUAAAAAUGACUCAGAAAUUAAAGGCGAAUCAAACUUAAGGAAGUAGAAGAGUAAGAGACGAGGAGGGCAUUUCUUUAUUAUAUAUUAUUAUUUUAUUUUUAUUUUUCUUACCAAUGUACGAGUGAUGGAACGAAAAAUGAAGUCGCUCAAAACGACUUUUGACUAG